ACAAAUAACUUUUCAGCCUUCGUAUCUUUUCCAUUAGAACUCUCUAGAACCUUUUCUUUUUCCUUAAAGGUUUUUUAUAAAUUCUCCUCCUCUCUUCUUCCUCCUUAUAACUUUGAAAUCUUCUAACCCUAAAUUCUGCAGCCACCAAUCAAAUUUUUUUACUUUCAUUUCUUAUCAUCCUAGAUUCUUUUUUCCAUCCACGCUUACUAUGGCCGGUAAAGGAGAAGGUACGGCGAUCGGAAUUGAUCUUGGAACCACGUACUCUUGCGUUGGUGUGUGGCAGCAUGAUCGAGUUGAGAUCAUUGCCAACGAUCAGGGCAACAGGACGACGCCGUCGUAUGUUGCUUUCACCGACUCUGAGCGCUUGAUCGGUGAUGCAGCUAAGAAUCAGGUCGCCAUGAACCCGAUUAACACUGUUUUCGAUGCUAAGCGUUUAAUUGGCCGAAGAUUUAGCGAUCCAUCGGUCCAGAGUGAUAUCAAGCUCUGGCCGUUUAAAGUUAUUGCCGGUCCUAGCGAUAAGCCAAUGAUUGUUGUAAACUACAAGGGUGAAGAGAAGCAGUUCUCUGCUGAAGAAAUCUCUUCUAUGGUGCUCAUAAAGAUGAAGGAGAUUGCUGAGGCGUAUCUCGGCACAACAGUGAAGAAUGCCGUCGUCACUGUCCCGGCUUACUUCAACGAUUCUCAGAGACAGGCCACCAAGGAUGCUGGUGUCAUUUCCGGCCUAAAUGUGAUGCGUAUUAUCAAUGAACCAACAGCUGCCGCCAUUGCUUAUGGUCUUGACAAGAAGUCGAGCAGCUCUGGCGAAAAGAACGUUCUAAUUUUCGAUUUGGGUGGUGGUACUUUUGAUGUUUCACUGCUCACAAUCGAAGAAGGUAUUUUUGAGGUGAAGUCUACUGCCGGAGACACUCAUCUGGGUGGUGAAGAUUUUGACAAUAGAUUGGUUAACCAUUUCGUGCAAGAAUUCAAGAGAAAAAACAAGAAAGACAUUAGUGGAAACCCCAGAGCACUAAGAAGAUUAAGAACAGCUUGUGAAAGGGCGAAGAGGACACUUUCCUCCACAGCUCAAACUACAAUUGAGAUCGAUUCUCUUUACGAAGGAAUCGACUUCUAUUCAACCAUUACUCGUGCUAGGUUUGAAGAACUCAAUAUGGAUCUUUUCAGGAAGUGUAUGGAACCAGUUGAGAAGUGUUUGAGAGAUGCCAAGAUGGAUAAAAGCAGUGUACAUGAUGUUGUUCUUGUUGGCGGUUCUACAAGGAUUCCUAAAGUGCAGCAAUUGUUGCAAGAUUUCUUCAAUGGCAAAGAGCUUUGCAAGAGUAUCAACCCCGAUGAAGCUGUUGCUUAUGGAGCUGCUGUCCAGGCUGCCAUUUUGAGUGGUGAGGGUAAUGAGAAGGUUCAAGAUCUUUUGCUCUUGGACGUUACCCCUCUUUCCCUCGGUCUCGAAACAGCUGGCGGUGUGAUGACUGUCUUAAUUCCAAGGAAUACCACCAUCCCCACCAAGAAAGAACAAGUUUUCUCUACAUAUUCCGACAAUCAGCCUGGCGUUUUGAUCCAAGUCUAUGAAGGUGAGAGAGCAAGAACCCGUGACAACAACUUGCUUGGAAAAUUCGAGCUCUCUGGAAUCCCUCCAGCUCCAAGAGGUGUUCCUCAGAUUACAGUUUGCUUCGACAUCGAUGCCAACGGUAUUCUCAACGUCUCUGCCGAGGAUAAAACCACUGGUCAGAAGAACAAGAUCACGAUCACGAACGACAAGGGGCGGUUGUCGAAGGAAGAGAUUGAGAAGAUGGUGCAGGAAGCAGAGAAAUACAAGGCAGAUGACGAGGAGCACAAGAAGAAGGUUGAAGCGAAGAACUCGUUGGAGAACUAUGCUUAUAACAUGAGGAACACUGUGAGGGAUGAAAAGUUCAGCUCCAAAUUGGAUCCGGCAGACAAGAAGAAGAUUGAGGAUGCCAUUGAACAGGCAAUCCAAUGGCUUGACAACAACCAACUUGCUGAAGCUGAUGAGUUUGAAGACAAAAUGAAGGAGCUUGAGAGUAUUUGCAACCCCAUUGUUGCAAAGAUGUAUCAAGGUGCUGGAGGACCUGGCAUGGGCGGCGGUGCUAUGGACGACGAUGAUGUUCCUCCUCCAUCCGGCGGGAGUGGCGCUGGUCCUAAAAUUGAGGAAGUUGAUUAAAUCUAGUUUCUUUUGAUAUUGUUCAGUGGUGGGGAGGAAUGAGGCGAUGAAAAUUUUCUUCAUACAAUGGAAUGAUGUAUUUUGUCUUUUUUUGUCCUUUAAAUUUUGUUUUUUUUUUUUUUUUUUUUCUUUUGGCCAUCCCCUAGUGAAUGAAGGGAAAAGUUUGUGUUAUUGUAAAUUCAUCGCCAAUCCGUAUAAAAGAUAAAUGCUUUUGAGAUAA